UUCACUCCACGCGACUCCCAUGUUUGUUUGUUUUUUCUCAACAUCUCCUUGACCUGCCCCUCGCUUCUGCUUGCUUUUAUCGUUCACCUCUUCAACCGCUACCUGGCCGAUGCGUUUUCAGUACCUAUACCUACACGUCGUGCGUCUGUUAGAGACGCCGUGGUAUCCGGUGAGCUCCGUGGGCCAGCUGCUAUGAGCCGAAGCCUGUUCUCCGCCCAAGCGCUGUGGAGCUGCGUUUGCUUGACAGUGCUCGUCGGUUCCCUGCUCGCCGACGCUGAGCUGGACUGCAGGAAGUACCCGUUUUACUACAAGUGCCGGGGUAUCAGUGCCAAGCGCUCAUAUGUACCAUACAGCAAAGCUGAGCCAGUGUCUCUGAAGGAGCUGUACAACGACGAAGACGAACCCAAGAACAGGCAGAAAACGCCGGAGGCCAUGCUAUCCUGGAUCCGGGACAGGUAUGGCGACGAGCUUCUCGACGCGUACGAGCGACGGCAACUGACCGAGGGCUCAUUCGAGAGGAAGCCCGCCUUCUGAAAAAGCCCCCAUGCCCAAUUAAUGCCCACCACGCCCAACACAUCCUGCCCACACUUGUCGCGCUUGCUGGGAGAGCCAAGUGCACUUCGUCUCCGAGAAGACGCCCGCGGCGCUGUCGAGCUCGUCUGGUUGAUCUUCGUCGCGGUUCUGUAGACGCCGCUGCCCGGCGCCACCUACGAAACUACGUGUCUAUGCGAUUUGCCCAAAUAAAGGCCCUCCGGGCCCCUUAGCUGCUCCCAGCCGUAUA